AUGGCUAGACCCUUCGAAAUCUCCGUUCCAGAUGCUCAACUUCAUCGUCUCCAGCAAAGGUUAAUAACGGCAACCUUCCCGGAUGAACUGGACGAUGCGGAGUGGGACAUGGGUGUGCCUCUGGAGGAGAUGAAAAAGCUGGUUACAUACUGGCGCGAUACUUUCAACUGGCGCCAGAAAGAACAAGAAUUGAAUGAGCGCUUGAAUCAGUUCCUUGUUCCUAUAACCGUCACCGGAUUCGGAGGCCUGGAUGUUCAUUGCCUGCACCACACCAGUCGAAAUCCAAACGCCAUUCCUUUGCUAUUCAUCCAUGGCUGGCCUGGAAGCUUUUUGGAAGCAACGAAGCUUAUUCCAUUGUUGACCCAAGGCGGCGAAAAUCACCCAGCAUUCCACUUGGUGGCGCCAUCAUUGCCGAACUUUGGCUUCUCGUCUGCAGUAAAAAAGGGAUUUGGCCUGGUUCAAUAUGCGGAAGCAAUGCACAAUGUUAUGUUGGCUUUGGGCUACAAAGAUUACGUUGUACAAGGCGGUGAUUGGGGCAGUAUCAUCGCUCGUGUCAUGGCCAACCGCUACUCUGACCAUACCAAGGCUGUUCACCUGAAUUUUCUACCGGUGCCUCUGCCUUAUCCAUGGCGGAGUCCUUUGGUCUUUCUUCGAUCCCUCCUCACCAUUCCCUUUUCAUCAGAUGACAAGGCUCACUUGUCAGCUACUUCCGACUAUUUAAUGCAAGGGAAUGCUUACAUGCGUCAGCAAGAGACUCGUCCACAAACGUUAGGCUACGCCCUCCAUGACAGCCCCGUGGCGUUGCUCGCCUGGAUUUACGAUAAACUACAUUCAUGGACCGAUAGCUACCCGUGGACGGACGAUGAAAUUCUCACAUGGGUGAGCAUCUACUACUUUUCGGUAGCGGGACCCGCAGCGUCAGUCCGAAUCUACUACGAAGCGGCACGAAAUGAUUCUUCCUCCGCCGUACCCGGAAUGUCCACGGUUGAUGCUAUCUCCAAACCUACUCCUGGGAACGUCAAACUCGCGGCGGCUCAAUUUAAGAAAGAGCUGAUCCGAGUGCCUAUGUUGUGGACCGGCCUGGCCGGCUCAGUCGUUAGAGCUAAGCAAUUUGACUGCGGUGGCCAUUUUGCAGCGUGGGAGGUGCCGGAGCUCCUGGCAACCGACCUGAGAAAUUUCCUGGGAAGAAAUGGGCAAGCGUACGGAGCUGUAUCUGGAAAGGAUGGGUACUGA